UUUUAACUCAUCUAAAUACAGGUUACUAUAACCUCUCAGUUUAUAAAAUUAUCAAAAUUAAUGUCUCUUUCUAAUGAUCCUUAUUAUUGUCACGAGCAGAUUCAGAUACCACCCGCUCUGCCAGACAUUUUAAAGCAAUUUACCAAAGCAGCUAUUAGAACGCAACCUAAAGACGUUCUCAAAUGGUCACAUGCAUAUUUUAAAGCAAUUGCACAGAAUGAAGUACCACCAGUCAAAAUGAGACUUGAGCUUCCAAUAAGUACACAAAAGACAGAUACGGGUUUAACGCCUGGACUUCUAAGAAUUUUAAAUAACCAGCUUGCAUCGAUGAAAGUUUUACCAUUAUCUGUCAUUGAAGAAAAAUGGAAGGAUUUAUCGUUACCGGUGGAACGAUUUCAAGAAAUUUGUCGCAUAGGUAAUUUUGUGGAUACUUGUGAAUGGCGGUGGUUUUUAGCACUAGCUGCUUCUGACUUAUGCUCUACAUUAUCUGAUACUUUGAAAUUGAUAUGUGAAGUUUUAACAGCAGAUCCUGAAGGUGGAGCAGCUAGAUUACCAUUUGAACAAUGGACGGAAUUCUAUCGUUAUCUUGCCAAAAUUGACGAUAUACCAGAUGAACAUAUUAAUAAAGUAUUGGCCUACUUAAAUUUUGAUAUUGCAACUCAAAAUGGUGCAAUCGCACCUCGUAAUUUUAUGCAUAAAAAUUGUCCAAAAUUAAAUCCAAGUGAAGAAGCAAAUGUAAUUGUUUUUACAGAAUCGAUUGCUGAAAAUUAACAUUUUCUUUGUUUCAAUGGAACAUUUUAUACAUGAAUGUACAUCAAUGAGAAGGAUAUUCCAAGCAUUUUACAAUUGUAUUACGACUUGUUAAUUGUUUUCUGUCAGUUCAAUUGUGAAAGAAACUCAGGACAAAUUGAAGUUGACUAAAUCAUCAGCAAAUUAAGUGGAAUUAUGUAAAUUUUGAGGGUUUCAAUAUUUUUUUUUCUUUAUUUUGAAUAAUAUUAUAGUUGACACACGUCACUUUUAGUGGAAAUCACUUCUAAAUAACUACGAAUACUCUAAGCAUAUUUAUUAUGUAUCUGAAGUAUGUUUGACCGUGUGACCUUGAUACAUUACAUAUAGAAUUUAAAGAAACCCAAUUUUUUAUCUUCUAGCUUCUGAUAGUUCCUUAAUUAAUGAUAGAAGUUAA